CGGCUCGAGCAGCGGAGUACUGCGGUAACCGGCAAAGCCGCGGAGGGAGAUCGAGUCCUGAAAAGGUAGCAGUGCGGCUCGUUAGUUUCGCCGGUCUUUCACCGCAAGUAUCAGAGAGCAAAGGAAGGAAACGCAUCCCCGCGUGAUGCUCCGCUUGAGACCGCAACAUUUCAUUUGAAAGACGUCUCACAGGGGGGGAAAGAUUGUAGCCUAACCCUUUGGAAGGCAAGGUAUUUUGAUAUAAUUCAACGCGAGGGGCUGACACCUCUCAAGCCGUGCAUCACCUGAGAGGAGAACAGUGACUGCGCCAACAUGGGGUAUGGGCGGUCAGACAGUUACCGCGUUGCCACCACACAGGACAAAGAUGACCGAUCCCCCAAGAAGAAGAAGGGGGCGGGGACCAAGGACAUGGAUGACCUGAAGAAGGAAGUGCCCAUUACAGAACAUAAGAUGUCCGUAGAGGAAGUAUGCAGGAAAUAUCAGACUGACAUUGUCCAGGGACUGACCAAUGCCAAGGCAGCAGAGUUUCUGAUCAGGGACGGUCCCAAUGCUCUCACCCCUCCUCCCACCACCCCAGAAUGGGUCAAGUUCUGUCGCCAGCUGUUCGGUGGAUUCUCUAUCCUGCUGUGGAUCGGCGCCAUCCUCUGCUUCCUGGCCUACGCCAUCCAGGCAGCCACUGAGGACGAACCUGCAGGAGACAAUUUGUACCUAGGUAUUGUGCUCACAGCUGUCGUCAUCAUUACCGGUUGCUUCUCGUACUUUCAAGAGGCCAAGAGCUCCAAAAUCAUGGAAUCUUUCAAGAACAUGGUGCCUCAGCAAGCAUUGGUGAUCCGUGAGGGUGAGAAGGUACAGAUCAACGCUGAAGAAGUGGUGGCCGGAGAUCUGAUUGAAGUGAAGGGAGGAGACAGGAUCCCUGCUGACAUCAGGGUUGUCUCUGCUCAUGGCUGCAAGGUUGAUAACUCCUCCCUAACAGGCGAGUCAGAACCCCAGAGCAGGUCACCUGACUGUACCCAUGACAACCCCUUGGAGACCCGAAACGUUGCUUUCUUCUCCACCAACUGUGUGGAAGGCACAGCACGUGGCAUUGUUAUCUGCACCGGAGACCGCACAGUCAUGGGUCGUAUUGCUACUCUGACCUCUGGCCUGGAGACCGGCAAAACCCCCAUCGCCAAAGAGAUUGAGCAUUUCAUCCACAUCAUCACAGGUGUUGCUGUCUUCCUGGGCGUCACCUUUUUCAUUCUGGCCAUCAUCCUGGGUUACACCUGGCUGGAGGCUGUCAUCUUCCUCAUCGGAAUCAUUGUGGCUAACGUGCCUGAGGGGCUGCUGGCCACUGUCACUGUAUGUCUGACCCUGACUGCCAAACGUAUGGCUAAGAAGAACUGCCUGGUGAAGAACUUGGAGGCUGUGGAAACCCUCGGCUCCACCUCCACCAUCUGCUCUGACAAGACCGGCACCCUGACCCAGAACAGGAUGACCGUGGCCCACAUGUGGUUUGACAACCAAAUCCACGAGGCCGACACCACCGAGGACCAGUCUGGUGCCUCUUUUGACAAGAGCUCAGUGACAUGGCUGUCUCUGGCUCGUAUCGCUGGUCUGUGUAACCGUGCUCAGUUCAAAGCUGGACAAGACUCACUGCCCAUCCUGAAGCGUGACGUGGCUGGCGAUGCCUCAGAGUCUGCUCUGCUGAAGUGUAUUGAGCUGUCCUGUGGCUCAGUCAGGGCGAUGAGGGAUAGGAACAAGAAGGUGGCUGAGAUCCCCUUUAACUCCACCAACAAAUACCAGCUCUCAGUGCAUGAGACAGAGGAUCCAAAUGACAACCGCUACCUGCUGGUGAUGAAGGGAGCUCCUGAGAGGAUCCUGGACCGUUGCUCCACCAUCCUGUUGCAGGGGAAGGAGCAACCUAUGGAUGAGGAGCUGAAGGAAGCUUUCCAGAAUGCAUACAUGGAGCUGGGAGGACUAGGAGAGAGAGUGCUGGGUUUCUGCCACUUGCUUCUGCCAGAGGACCAGUACCCCAAGGGAUUUGCCUUUGACACAGAUGAUGUCAACUUCCAGACAGACAACCUUUGCUUUGUUGGCCUCAUGUCCAUGAUUGACCCUCCCCGUGCUGCUGUGCCUGAUGCUGUUGGCAAAUGCCGAUCUGCUGGUAUCAAGGUCAUCAUGGUCACUGGAGAUCACCCAAUCACCGCCAAGGCCAUUGCCAAGGGAGUGGGCAUCAUCUCAGAGGGCAACGAGACAGUGGAGGAUAUUGCAGCUCGUCUUAAUAUACCCGUCAGCCAGGUCAACCCCAGGGAUGCCAAAGCAUGCGUGAUCCAUGGUACAGACCUAAAAGAUCUGUCUCAGGAUCAGAUGGACGACAUCCUGAGGAAUCACACAGAAAUUGUCUUUGCCAGAACCUCCCCACAGCAGAAGCUCAUCAUCGUAGAGGGCUGCCAGAGGCUGGGUGCCAUUGUAGCUGUGACAGGCGAUGGUGUGAAUGACUCUCCUGCACUGAAAAAGGCUGACAUUGGUGUUGCCAUGGGAAUCUCCGGCUCAGAUGUAUCCAAACAGGCCGCAGACAUGAUCUUGUUGGAUGACAACUUUGCCUCUAUUGUCACAGGGGUGGAAGAAGGCCGUUUGAUCUUUGAUAACCUUAAGAAGUCCAUCGCUUACACCCUGACCAGCAACAUCCCAGAGAUCACCCCCUUCCUGUUGUUCAUCAUCGUCAACAUCCCCCUGCCACUGGGAACCAUCACCAUCCUCUGUAUCGACCUGGGAACUGACAUGGUGCCAGCCAUCUCACUGGCUUAUGAAAUGGCUGAGAGCGACAUCAUGAAGCGUCAGCCCAGGAACCCAUUCAGGGACAAGCUGGUGAAUGAGAGGCUUAUCAGCAUCGCCUAUGGACAAAUUGGUAUGAUUCAGGCUCUGGGUGGCUUCUUCUCCUACUUUGUCAUCUUGGCUGAAAAUGGCUUCCUGCCCAGUCGACUAGUCGGCAUCAGGCUCAACUGGGACGACCGCUCUGUCAAUGAUCUGGAAGACAGCUAUGGGCAGCAAUGGACAUACGAACAGAGGAAGAUUGUGGAGUUCACAUGCCACACAGCCUUCUUUGUCAGUAUUGUAGUCGUGCAGUGGGCCGAUGUCAUCAUCUGCAAGACCAGACGUAACUCUGUGUUCCAGCAAGGCAUGAGGAACAAGAUCUUGAUCUUUGGCCUGUUUGAAGAGACAGCCCUGGCUGCCUUCCUAUCCUACUGCCCAGGCAUGGAUGUGGCACUCAGGAUGUAUCCUCUAAAGCCUACAUGGUGGUUUUGUGCAUUCCCCUAUAGUUUUCUCAUCUUUGUUUAUGAUGAAAUUCGAAAACUUCUCCUUCGUCGGAACCCUGGAGGUUGGGUGGAAAAGGAGACAUACUAUUGAUCGACGGAGCAUCUUUGCUCAAACCCCCUCCAUCUUCCACUUAUUUCUCCCCCCUGUCACUCCAUCCCUGGCAAGACACACCUCCAAAUGCCCCGCCCUCUUAAAGACAAAAACCGCUUUGAAGCAAUUUUCAUCACAACU